UGUCCUUAAAAAUGGAGGGGUGCGAGGGUCUUUUAAAUGAUAUAUAAACGCACAACAGUUAAGUUGAAGUCACAUCGUCAAUCAACCGUUUCAAUCAGUUCUAUCGAACAUCAUACAAAAAAAAAACUAAAUAAAACAGCCCAUUAAAAUGAAUACGUUCAUCAUUUUGCCAAUAUUAGCAGCUGUCACGGCUUUAGCCAUUGCAGAAGUCGUCGUACCAGCUCCAGCAUACGCCACCACUUCAGUAUCAUCCCACGGACCAUUAGCUUGGGCAUACUUACAACCUUUUUAUCAGUCGGCUCCAGUGGUAGCUGCCUACACAGUACCUGCAGCUAAAAUUGCGGUACCCGCCGCUGCUGCCGUCGAUGCCACACCCGCUAAAAUUGUAAGUCCCACUUUUGAAGUUCCUACAACCAAGCUAGUAACUCCAAUUGCUCAAGUCAAGACCUAUACACCUACAGUAGUACCAGUCGCCAAAUUUUUGCAAGUAGUGCCCGCCCAAUUACAAAGCCAAGCCAACCCAUCAUACACUUUUGCCUACCAUGUUCAAGACCAAUUGACCGGAGAUUCAAAGAGCCAAGAAGAAACUCGUCAAGGAAAUUUCGUCAAAGGCAGAUACUCUUUGGUAGAGCCAGACGGUUCCAGAAGAACUGUUGACUAUACGGCUGAUCCAACACACGGGUUCAAUGCAUUUGUACAGAAAUCGGACGUACAAGCUGUUUUUGUGCCAACAGUCGCCUCAUCGGACGACGUAGAAACCAUCAAAGUAGAUGCCGUUGAAGUGGAACCAGUCAGGUAUGCGCCCGCGGGCACAAAACCGUUGAGAAAUACUCUUGCUGUUCCCGAAACCAAAACCAAAACUGGUUACAGAUAAACGGUUUUAAGUUCACAAUAUAUAUUAUACGGUGUAUUAUCGAUUGACAUAAUUUAUAACAUUUAGUUACUUAUUUCAUAACUUAAAGACAAAAUGUAUAAAAAAAUUGUAAUAAAUGAUAUAAUUUCAGAA